GUAAAUUGACGACAACAAGUGCAGUAUAGUGAAUUUUUAAUUUAAAAAAUAGAUGUCAGACUCGACUUAAUUUGAGAUUUAGCGACAAGUCAUGGCUAGUCCACGAACUCGAAGAAUUUUAAAUGAACUUAAACCCAAAGAUGAGAACAAUAGGUGUUUUGAAUGUGGAACUCACAAUCCACAAUGGGUUGCUGUUACAUAUGGUAUAUGGAUUUGUCUUGAAUGUUCAGGCAAACACAGAGGACUUGGCGUCCAUUUAUCAUUUGUUCGAUCCAUUUCUAUGGAUAAAUGGAAAGAUUUGGAAUUAGAAAAAAUGAAAGUUGGUGGAAAUAAAAAUGCUCGUGAAUUUUUUGAGUCUCAGCCUGAUUGGGAUAAUAGCAUGUCAAUAACACAAAAGUAUAAUACCAAAGCAGCAGCAUUAUACAGAGAUAAAAUUGCAACAUUAGCUCGUGGAGAAAGUUGGAGUCCUACUACAUCUACAGCUAAGGAUUUUCAACCUUCAAGACACUUAGAAAAUCAACAAGAUUAUUCAUCAUAUCAAAGUGAUACAUCAAACUUUUAUCAGAAUUUUAAUUCUAAUAGUUGCAAGUCUCAAACAGAAGCUUUCUUUGUAAGGAAACAAAGUGAAAAUGCUAUUCGUCCAGAUAAUAUUCCACCUAAUCAAGGUGGUAAAUAUGGAGGAUUUGGUUACCAAAUGGAUGCACCACCCAGAAGUUCUUCACAAGAAUUUUUUGAUAAUGCAGUUUCUUCUUUAGCAAGUGGAUGGUCAAUAUUUUCUUCAUCAGCAUCAAAGAUAGCAAGCAAAGCUACAGAAAAUGCUCUUAGAAUUGGAGAAUUAGCCACACAAAAGGUUCGUGAUGGUACUCUCUUGGAAGAAGUCGGAGUUCAAGUUAAUAAUUUAGCUGCAAAGGUUGGAGAUCUAGGAAGAAGAGGAUGGGGUGAUAUUGGGGGAACCAAUUCAGUAGAACAAAAUCAGUAUAAUUCAAAAGAACAUUAUCAAAGUUCUUCUACCACUUACCAAAAUAGUGACACAGUCCAGUAUCAGUCUACUGAAAAAACAUCUUUAAUGAAAACAUCACAAUCCAAAAUUAAUAUGUCAACUGCAAAUUCUUCCAAUUGUGAAUGGGACUGGGGUAAUGAUACAAAACAAAAUAUUGAAACAACGGAUUCGAAAUCAGUUACAAGAAAAUCAAGUGAUAAAAUAAAAGAAGAAGCAUUAAUUAACUUUGGUACUGAUAAUCAUGCAUCUAAUUGGAAUUCGAAACUGGAAGAUGAUGCAUGGGAAAUAUUAAAAAAUUAA